AUGGGCGGCCCGGCCGCGCCCCGCGCCCCGGCCCCGGCUACUGCGGCUGCGGCGCGGCGGGUGCGGGGCGCGCGGCUCGGGGGCCCGGAUCCCGGCGCCGGGGCCCGGGGUGUGCGGGGGCGCGCGACGACCACGCCUCCCGGCCGCGGGGCCGCUCCGGAGGGGCCGCGCUCGCUCGGCGCUCGCCCCCAGGUAAUCCCGCAGGCGGCCUCGGGGAUUGGCCCGGGCGCUCAGGGCCGGAUCUGCAUGUCAAUGGCAGAGGCGGUCCCCGAGGUCCGCGAGCGGACUCCGGCGGUGGAGAGCCGGGCUCCCCUCGCCCCGCCAUGGCCCUCGCGGGGCCGAGGGGACCGCACGCCGCUCCCCGCGCCGCCCCCCUCCGCGCGCGCUCGGAGCCGAGCCCUGCCCACCCCCCCCGCGCCCCAUUCCGAGACGGAGCGGACCCGAGAGCCAGGCGCCGACUCCAGAAGCCCGCGCUCGCUCCCCGGGGCCCGCGCGGUCAGCAACUGCUCCAAUGACGCACGAAUGAAGCAAGAAAAAUAUUCCUAUGUUUCUGAAGAUACAGAUGAGGAUAAAUAAGGAUCUGGGGGACGUAUGAAGAGGAAGAAGCAUAACCCACUGAGAGAUGGAACUCAGCGCAAUUCCCGCCGCUGGUUUGCCCUUUGUAUUUUCACAGAAAUUGCUUCCCUCGGAGUCCACGUGAUGACAGCUGGGGAGGGGAUGCUGGGGAGACAGUGCGGGAGCUGAGAGAAAAGGGAAGACCAAGGGAGAGUAAUUGGGAUGGAAAACACCUGCAUGCCUGGAGGGCGGUGGUGGAGAGCUUGAAGGCAGGUUGAGGUACCUGAGUGUGACCACGUGUGAUGCCUGAGGAGCCCGCAGAUGUGGCUGUGGAGACGGGCGCUCCUGUUGUAAACUGGCAUACAGACCGAGCCAUUGAUUUAUAGAAAUCUGCUUUAAUGACUAAAAGUCUCACGUUAUUCCACUGCGUGCUAACCUCUGACUUAUUUGUGGUUAAAGAGCCGUUUCUGUGACCCAGAGAAGUCGUCAGAGUCAGCUACAAUGGUUUCUUUAUAACAAUGCAAAGCUUCGACAAAAACAAAAUUCCUUUUUAAAAGAACCACCCCAUAACUUGGUACUUCUCUUUGCCUUGUAUCAGAAUUUUAACCUUUCCAAAAGGACAUCUUAAUUUUAUUUGU